AUGCCUUUCCCCAACUCCUCGAAGAAAGCGGGUAGCCCCCCGUCUAACGGCCCUCAGCCGACCCCAAGGGGCAACACGCAGCUCACGACGGGUCCUCCCCUAGUCAUCCAAACGCCGGGCGAGAACCCGUGGCGUCCGGAGGAGCCCGAAACCGCGCAGAACGAAACCAACCAAGUUAACGCGACCACGAUGGAUUCCAUUACCUUCCCAACCGACCCCACCGUCACUAAACCAGCUGGCAACGACGCCGACUGCAUCAUGACCGAGGCCGCCGAUGGUGCUACGACCGGGGUCGUCACCAACACAACGACGGGAGCCGACGUCACCAAGACUGAGGCCGUUAGUAGUGCGGAGGAGGAGGUCUCCAGCGGAGUCGUCAACGCUACGGACGUGACCGCUACGACGACGGGAAGAGGGUGGGAAGAGGAAUUCCCGGCACUGCCUAAGUCCAUACCGGAGGACGUAAACGCAGCCCGAGCUGCAGCCGAAGCUGCCGAGGCGAAGUGUCGUCGCGCGCUCAAAAAACAGGAGAAAGCACAGAAGAAAACGCAGUCGUCGCUGAUCGGUAACGGCAAGCCUCCAGUCGCAAACGAUAAACCCGAGACGGAGGAGAACCAGCGCGACGUGAGCGGCGUAAGAAAGCGCAGAAGGGGCGAAGACGAUGUCGGCAACGAGGGUGAGCAACCCAUUACGACCAGAGUACAGGGCCCCCAAACAUCGUCCCAGGACCCAGGCGCACCCAGCACAGACUCCAGGACUGGCCCCCUCAUCUACUACCCAGCAGACGUUCCUACCUCGACGCGCUCCACGGGUUUCGAGAGACGCGCUACCGGCUAUGAAAGCGACGGUGGCGUGAGUUAUCUUGACGAGGAAGGAACGGAAGAUAUGGACGUAGACACUGAGUUCGCAUUUGAUAUGGGCCCUAACAUGUUCCUGUCACGCGCUACGGAGAACAACCCAGUGCCAGUUCGCGACGCCCGUAACCCAAUGUUCGUCUUCACCCCUCAGACCCCACGGGCCACUCGCCUACAACCCCCAGCCCCCGUUAUCCACCAACGUAAUGCAGUCGACCCGCGCAACGAAAACAUCGGUCAGCCACCGAACCGCGGAGCCCAUAACGUGACCUCGUCGCCGCGCACACCGACCCCGGCUGGGCCCUCGGGACACACUGGCCACGCCGGUAGAGGUCCGAGUCAGAGUACACGACCCCAGGCGGCAUCGUUCAGGAGGAACCUCCUCCCAAUCCCAAACCAGGAGGAAAGAGAACGGUACGCAUCGGCGGUACCACAAGGCGCCGGGGAUGCUCCGGAUGCCCCCAUCCGUUUUGUAACAAUCCCAGGAGCCUCGGGAGCAACGAGACGUCCGAGAGAUGGCUUCCCUAGAGUAGAAGGGAAGGAUGCCUACCACCUGACGGAAGGGAUGUCCCAGAAACAGAUCGACGCGUGGAACGUGAUCGCUCGCACUGAAUUCGUCGUGGGCGUCCAAGUCCCCCGUCACGGAGCAGACGACCCAGACGCAGGCGAGAUAGUCGAACUCAUCGCGGAAAAACUCGAGACAUUCAUGUCAAUCAAGGAUGCCCCAAUCAAAUCCGCGUACGCAGCCGAUCCCUCCAACAGGAGGAAGAGAAACCACCCGCCCUACUACCACUUAAUACACAAACUCUCCUACGUGCACGCCGAACACCUCAUCGGCCAGGAGUGGCUCUCCACGUCAGGGCUGACAAUGAACUUCGUACGGUGGGUAGCGGACAACCCACAGUACAUAGGCUCCCUUCGCCCCCCCCAUCGCCUAGGCGCCACGACUAACGAAGGAUACACGGAAGUCCUCGUCCGCGUCCUGCGUAGCGGAGAAGUCCUACCCCUAAUCAUGAGCCUACUAGCCAGCGACAUCGACAACGGAGGACGCUGGCAAGACUGGACAAUCUGGGAUGCUCGCGACGCAGUGCUAUCAUCCGCAAGGGCGGACAAACUCGAGAGGAAGUCGCGAGCGGGGAGACCGGACCCAGUAGUACGUCUCUACGUCCAAUCGCCGACGGCUAACCCAGAGGACUGGGAAUACUUUCGAGGAGUCCUAGAGAAAUGCAACUUCGGCUCGGACAGCGACGGCAAACCGGAACUCUUCAAAGAAGAGAUGCGGUGCGCGUACUGCCACUCGAUCGACCACCCUGUCGGACUAUGCACUCUCCUAUCCAUUCCCGGAUGGCACGACUCCGACCCCACCAAACCCAAGCAACCGGAGAACACAGGCCCGAGCCACGGCCACGGUCGCGACCAUGCGGAAUCGUCGCGCGGGCGACGGGACGGACGCGACGGAAGGGGUAGAGGUAAGGGCAAACAGGUAGAACGCUACUAG